AUGGCCGAUGCAGCUAUAAUCAACUGUUUGAUUUCAAACAUGUUGUCACUUGUUGAGGACGAGUUAUCUUUUCUAUGGUGCUUCAAGAACCAGAUUCUAAAGUUAUCCAGCACUUUAUCAUGCAUCAACGCCGUACUAAAAGAUGCAGAUCGAAGGAGACUCAAGGAGAAAGAUGACCAAAUGAAAGAUUGGUUGCGAAAGCUCAAAGAUGUAGCAUACGAGGUUCGGGACAUCAUAGAUGAGUGCACCACCGAACAAAUUCGCCAUCAAGUCAAAAGUCGUAACGCCUCCUCUUCAUCUUCGAGGCAAGUAAUCAAUUCAAUCUUAACUCCCUUUAGUGAUACUUUGAUACGUCUUAAGAUCAAUCAUAAAAUUAAGGAUGUUCAAGAGAAACUAGACCAGGUCUCGUUUGAACGAGAAAAGUUACAUUUACGUGAAACAAGGGAGGAUGAAGGAAAAACAGAGUAUAGUGUUGGUAGAUCGCGUGAAACUAUGUCUAUUUUGACCGAGAGUUGUAUUUACGGGAGAGAUGAUGAGUUAAAACAGAUUGUUGAUAUUUUAGUUGAGGAAACUAAUGCUGCUAGAAAUUUAUCAAUUCUUCCCAUAGUUGGGAUCGGAGGGUUGGGUAAAACCACACUUGCCCAAAUGAUCUUCAACGACGAACAAGUGUUGAAGCAUUUCAAUCCUAGAUUUUGGGUGUGUGUCUCCGAGGAAUUUGAUAUAAAUCAAGUUCUCAAAGCCAUUAUUGAAAACGAAACAAGAGGAGCUUUGAGCAUCUCAUUCCUAGAAAAUUUGCAGAUGAAAGUUAGAGAUAUAUUGAAAGGAAAAAGAUAUUUGAUUGUGUUAGACGAUGUUUGGAACGAAAAUCAAUCGAAAUGGGAUGACCUGAAGGAUAUAUUGAACUGUGGAUCAGAAGGUGCUUUCAUCUUGACAACAACUCGUAAAUUAAAGGUGGCCGAAAUAAUGAGAACGGCCGAGCCAAUUCAUUUAUCAUCGCUCUCUAACGAUGACAGUUGGCUACUAUUCAAAGAACGCGCCUUUAUGAAUGGAAUACCGCAAAAUCCAAACCUUAUUGACAUAGGAAGAGAAAUAGCUAGAAAAUGUAAAGGUGUUCCUUUAGUGGCAAAAACAUUGGGCAGUCAAUUGAAGUUCAAGAUGGGAUCCAAAGAAUGGUGCAGAAUAAGAGAUAAUGGAAUAUGGGAGCAAUCACUCGAGAACAAUUCUAUUUUGCCUAUUCUCAAGUUGAGUUACUUUGAUCUCCCUUAUGAAUUGAGAAGAUGCUUCGCCUAUUGUGCUAUAUUUCCAAAGGACACUAACAUUAAAAAACAAAGACUGAUUCAAUUUUGGAUGGCUCAUGAUUUAGUUCCAACAAUUGAUAACCUAGAGCUAGAAGAUGUUGGAAAUAUGAUCUGGAAUGAGUUGUUCUUGAGAUCCUUUUUUGAAGAGAGUACAAUAGAACAAGUGUCAUAUCUUGGACAACUUCAUACUGAUACGUGUAAGAUGCAUGAUCUUAUGCACGAUCUUGCCCUAUCUAUUAUGGAAGAUGAAUGUUAUAUAAUGGAAGCCACCUCGAGCAAUGUUUUCAAGAAAGGAAUUCGUCACAUAACUGUGUGUAAUGAUUUUAGCAAGACAACAACUAAUAACUUUCUUGAACAAAUUGGUAGUGCUAAAGGCUUGCAAUCAAUAAUACUAUGCGAAGGAUUUGUUAAUAAUCAGAAGCUCGCAAAUGUAAACAUGUUUGAUCUCUUGAAGCAAUCUCCAUCUUUACGUGUCCUUGAAACAAUCGACGCAAAGAGGGCAAAUCAAGUUUUGGGUUGUGUAGGAUAUCUAAAGCAUCUUAGAUAUUUAAACCUUUCAAGAACCGAGAUAACAACAAUACCCAAUUCUAUUUGUAGGCUUUGGAACUUACAGACCUUGAACCUCAAUAAUUGUUACAAUCUCGUAAGAUUGCCAAAGAACAUGAAAGAUUUGAUUAGCCUCCGACAUCUUUAUCUAAUGUAUUGCAAUCAAAUAAAAAGCAUGCCUCCCAAGAUGGGGCAAUUGACACGUCUACAGACGUUAAGCUUGUUUGUGAUAGGUAAGGAAAGAGAUUGUCAAGUAGAUCAACUGAAAGAACUGGAUCUCAGAGGAUAUUUAAGAAUCAUGAACCUUGAAAGAAUUAGUGAUAUAACAGUUGCUACAGGAGUAAAUCUAGAUAAAAGGUUGAAUCUUCGAAAUUUAGAGUUACAUUGGGAAUAUGAUGAAGAGGAAGACAAAGAUAAACAUGAUGUUGUAGCUGAAGCUUUGAAAGGGCCAAUAAGCCUUGAGAACUUGAGAAUGACUGGUUACAAAGGUGUGAAUCUUCCUAAAUGGUUGGGGAAGCUUCAUUCAUUAAGAUAUCUUUUCCUUUCGGAGAUGGAAAAUAUUGAGCACAUAUUUGUUAGUGAAAGUGGCAAUGACAAUGGAGUAUUAUUACCAAAGCUAGAGAUGUUUCACAUAAAAAACAUGAUGAAUUUGAGGGAUUUAGUGUCUCCUACAACAACAGAAAGAAUAUUAACAGUAUUCCCAAGUCUCUUUGAACUUUCAAUAGCUAAAUGUCCAAAACUAAAAUCAUUGUCGAAUCUCAAAUCACUAAAGGUUUUAAUUAUCCAUGGUGAUGGUUGUGAUGAGUUGUUAUAUAACAUCUCAAAUCUUAGCGGUCUUGUUGAGCUCUUCCUUUUUGGAUUCAAAACAAGUGUUUCAUUUCCAGAGGGAAUGUUUCAGAACCAUUAUGCUACUCUCAAGACUCUCCAAAUAAGACAGUGUGAUCUACUUGAAGAGCCUCCUCUACAGUUAUCAUCAACACUAGGGUCAUUCCUAUCUCUUCGAGAAUUGGAAAUUUGGGCUUGCCCCAAGUUAAGUCAUUUGUUUGAUGAAGAAAUGGUAAGACUCACUUCACUAGAGAAGUUAAUGAUUUGGGAUUGUCACAAUCUAGUGUCUCUUUCAAGAGGAGGAGUCACGAGAAUGGACUCUCUGAAGCAUCUAAUAUUGAAGGACUGCCCUAACUUGAUGCUAUCGUUGGAAGAAUGGGAAAACAUCAUUUCAGUUGAGUGUUUGUCCAUCUAUGAUUGCCCUAUGUUGGUGCCAUUGAUAGAGGCGGAUUACAUUAUCCCGCUGAUCCGCUCCCAUCAAGCAAGAAUUGGACGUGACUUCAAAGUAGAUUUCUUAAAGUAAGAAUAGCUCAUCAACUGCAUCUUAGUCUGUAUGUCUCUCUCACUCUCAUGUUAAAGUUAUUGCUAUUUCGAUGAUGACAAUGAUGUUAUAUACUAACCUUUCCAUGCCUUUUUUUU